AUGGGCUCUCGACUUCGAGAAAAAGUUGAGCAUUUGUUUGAAGUGUUUGUGGAAGUUGCCAAGCCAAAUGGAAUAGAUGAAGCCCCAUUUAUAAUCCAACAAUACCCUCCAGACUAUGAUGAUAAGGAAGUACUAUCAAAUAUCCCCAAGUUUGCAUACCCCUGCCCAACUGAUGCAUCUAAAGUUGACCAUUUCACAUUUGUACUGACAGACUUGGACAGCAUGUUCAGGUUUGGGUACAGCAGGCAUGCAACUGGACAUCAGACUUGUUUAUGUAUCGUCAGUUGGCUGCCAUGGUUUGAGAUCUUCUACAAGAUGCUGGACUUCUUGGCCGAGAUAAUGAACCGCUCUGAGAAAAAUAACAUCACUCACUUCCUUCAGGUGGCCUACAAUCAUGAGAUCCCUCUACCAAGAAUUUCAGUUACAAUUGUUGCUAAUGAAGAAAUGUUUAACUUUACAACUCCUGAUCCAAACGUACUGCCCAGUAUUCCUCAGAAUAGAAACCUCACCGAGUACUACAGUGCUGUAGAUCCAUACAACAUGAUGGUGAUUUUUGCCAGCAUGCUUCAUGAGAGACGUAUUUACAUGACCUCCAAAAAGUUGAGCAGAUUAACAGCUUGUAUCCACGCCGCUGAAGCUCUUCUCUACCCCAUGCAUUGGCAACAUUUGUUUAUCCCGGUGCUGCCGUCUCAUUUGAUUGACUAUGUCAGUGCACCAAUGCCGUUCUUGAUUGGGGUGCACAGUAAUUUAAUUGAGAAAUUGAAACAGCACCGCGUGGAUAUCGGUGAUGCUGUGAUCGUUGACCUAGAUGCUAAUACUGUCACUACCGAGUAUGAUGAUCUUGGAGAUCUUCCAGAAGAUGUGUCAAGCUACCUCAAGAGAAGUCUGAAGACAGAUUUUAUGAUGAAAGGAGAUGCAAUAUCUCUUGCCUUUCUCCAUGCUCUAGUCAGACUGAUAGGAGGAUAUAGAGAUGCUCUGAAAUUUAGGCCUGGAGAGCCCAUAACUUUUGACCCAGAGGCAUUUGUGCGGUCUCGUCCCUCACAGUCCACCCAGGCGUUUCUAGAGGGAAUGUUGACGUUGCAGAUAUUUCAACAGUUUAUAUACGGGCGACUAGAGAUCCUAAACUCUGGGGCCGGUUUCAGAGAUAUAUUUGAAGUUCAGGCUACUUUAUAUACAGACAAGUUGAACUCUCAGUCUAAGUACAAGGAGUGGCUCAAGUCUGUCAAGAAAAGUGGCAAGAAAGGAUGGAAUGGACUGAAAAUAAAGGCAGCUCCAGUGAUGUCCACAGCAGUCCAGUCUAUGAAAGAGCAGGGCAAAAGGGCAAUGGCAGACUUCAAGACAAGGAUAUCAGGGCUCACGGAAAGCGAAGACAAGAAAGGGAGCAGCCAGCAAAUACCAGCUGGUGUGGUUUACAAAAACAAAAAGUCGGCCAAGCAGAGACCGCACACAACUCAUGCUGAUCAGAUGCGGUCUGCUCGGCCCCCUCGGCCACCUCCACCCUCCAGAGUGACACAGUUGGAAUAUGAGAGAAGGAAUAAGUCAGUUUUACAAGACCACGAUUCACACGAUGUUCAUCUCAACUAUCAGCGAGUGGACAUGAGUUUGAUGAAUGACACUGACAUUCAGGCUGCCAUGCAGACAUCAGCUGGUCAUCCAAAGAUCAGUAACCAGGCACAGGAGCUGAACUCAAGUGAUGAAGAAAGCGAGAGUGAAUCCAGUGAUUCAGAAGAAGCCAGAAUAUCUUUUGGUGUUAUGCAUAGCUCAGAUGAAGAUACUCAAAAAGCGGCUGUGCCCCGUCCUGUAGCAGCACCUAGGACAAAAUUACCUGCUGCUCACACUCGAGGCAUUAGUCCUAGUCCUACAGUUGAGAACAGUACAUCAAAAAAUGCCCUACCUCAAUCCAGCAUCAAGAAAACAAUGUCAGAGAAUGCAAUAUCGAGCGUAUCGUUGCCAGACGCACCACUCAUCAAGUUUGACUCCUCAGAGUCUGAUCCUACCGAUUCAGAUAACUUUGAUCCUCUUGCCAAGUCUCCACACAUGAGAUCCGACACUGACGUUGGCGCCAUGUCUAUCAGUAAUGACAGUCUGGAAGAUAAUGAUGAAACUGACAUCAGACCCUUGCAGAGAAGUGUCAGCUCUAGGGUGUCUCUGACAAGGUCUAAAGCUUUCAGGCGGGAAGCUCCACCAACUCCAAUACGAACACAUUAUUUAGAUGACACUGAUGAUAUUGAUGGUCUGAGGAAAAAUGAUCCGAGUGAUAUAUUUGAUCCAUUGUCUGACUUGAACAAUUUAACUGUAUCCGGUCAAGCAUGCGGAGCCUCGUCUAAGGGAAAUGUAACUCGUCCAGUCCUGAAUGAUCCCCUGUCCAGUCGACACAGCUCCGACCUCCUCAUGCAUGAGUGGUCUCUUGCUUCACUAGCCAAAGGUCCAAGCAUUAGAAUGCCCAUGUCUGCAAAACCUUUGGGGAGAAGCUAUGCUUACAAUUCUUUCCUGGGAGGUGCCUCACAGAGCACGCCUGCAGUUCAACAAUCUCUGCCUGCUUCUUCAUUUUCUUCACCUGCCUUGGACAGAAACCUACGCAAUCAAAACUCAAGGGGACCUCAGCAGAUUCCAAAUCUGGGAUAUUCUUUAGACAGAAAUACAACAGACUUCAGUAAAGUUCUUCAACCACAACCUCAGCAGCAACCAAUCUUGUCUAGGUCUUCAAACUCAAGUCCCAGUCAUAAUAAAGUUGUUAAUUUUCCCUCUACCAGUCAACAGUCUUCACCAUCACCACGAACUCCUGCAACAUCGAGUUUCAUCCCUCCAACACCCUCAUCCUCUGUUCCGUAUAUUCAUGGAAGUAUUAAACAUAGCCAGCAUUUCAGGUCUGGUGGAGUUAACUCAAGUCUCUCCAGUUCAUCUUCUUCAGGGUCAAGUUUGCAGACGCAGAAGGACUACUUCUCUGAUCUUCAGAACAUUGAUUUUGGUGGCGUCAAACCACCAGAUCGCCCUACACAGCAACGGAAACCAGCUAACAGCAGAGUCUCACAUCCGCAUCAGAAAUGGGAAACAUUUGACUGA